AUGAAUCAUUCAUUAGCUUAUAAAUGUAAGAAUUUUUUUCAAGCUAUUGAUUUAUAUGGUGCUUAUCCAAGUUUGUUGAUAUUUGGAUAUCAAAAAUAUUCAAGUAUUCUAGGAGUACUUUUUACGAUUUUAGCAUCCUCAUUGACAUUUGCUUACUUAGUUUAAGAAGUUUAGGAAUUAGUCUUGAAACAACUCCCUUAAACUAUUUUAAGUGAGCAUCUAGUCUUAGAAACAUCGCCAUUUCCAUUAUCAUCUAAGAAUUUCACUCUAGCAGUAUCAGUUGGUGACAUGGAUUCAAAUCCUUUAACAACAAUUGACAAAUACUUUACAAUUUCAAUUGAAAAUUGCAAAAGAAUAAGAUAAUUAAACACAACUACCAAUAAAAUAGAUGUCAUUAAUACAUGCAUUAACUAUCCCACAGAGGCAUGCACCGUUGAAAACUUUGUUACAGAUAUGCAAAAGGAAUAUUUUAAUAAAAUUCGAUUAGGAGCAGUCUAAUGCAUAAAGAAAGAAGUCUUAGAAAGCAACCCUCCGAUACUCUAAGGAAUAAUUUCCGGUAAUACUUAUUAAUAUAUUGCCAUCAAAUUUUCGGCUUGCAAAAAUAGUACAGAGAAACAGGAUUGUGCAACUUAGGAGUAGAUAAAUGAAGAGUUAAUCAAUGGUUUUUACGUUGUUCAUAUAAGUGAUUCUUUGGUUUAAAUGAGUAAUCCUCAGGAUAUCCAAUAAAACUUUAUAAAAUUGUAGUUCACAUAAUUUUCAAUCUCAACUUCGAAAACCAUCUAUUCUGGAUUUCGGAUAAUAGAAUCUAUUACUGAUAAUGGUGUAUUGACUAAUAAUAUUGUGGAAAAUUAAUUUUUGGUUUAAUAAUACCUUUAGGAAUCAACUUCAAGUUACAAUUCCGAUUAUUUAGUCAAUCAUUUUAUAAUUUUAGAUAACAAAUAUACUAGUUAUUAAAGAUCCUACAUCAAAUUACCAACUAUCUUAAGUAAGAUUGGAGGUCUAUGGUAAUUAAUAUUUAUAAUCUUUGGGUUUAUUACAAAACCAUUCAUUUAGACUGAAAUGAAGAUCAAUUUAGCAAAUAAAUUGUUUAGGUUUUAGGAGGAGGUAAAUGAUCUUACUUAAAGUGUAAAAAAAGACACCAGUACAAAAUAAAAUUUAGAGAAAUAUGUAUAAAAACCAGGAUAAAAAUUACCUGAUUCAUUAAUAAAUAUUCUGUAAUUCUGUUUUGGAUGCAAUAAGAAAAGACUAAAUUCAUUGAAUUAAGCAAAUUUGAGAAUCUAAGAAAAUUUAGAUAUAGUGGAAAUAAUGAGAAAAUUCUAACAAUUGGACAAUCUAAAAUAGGUUUUAUUGACUGCUAAUUAGAAAAUUUUGUUUGAUCUUAUUCCCACUCCAAUGAUAAAUGGUUAAUAACAAAAUAAAUUGAAUUAAGAAUAGCAUCCGGAUCAAAAAAUAAAGAAUUUGGGAAGGUUUAUUGAAGCUUAUAAAUCAUUUUUUUAGAUUCAAGAAAUGCCAGAAAUGAAUGAAAAUAUUGGAUAAAAAAUAGUUAAGUGUUUAGAUUAAGAUAUGAUUAAACUAUUUUAUGAGCAUCAAUCAGACUCUGAAUAAAGAUAGAGAGAAAAUCUAAAAUAAUUGUUGAUGGAAACUACCAAGAUUUUGAAUCAAAAAUGA